CCACUUUCAGCCAUCGGCAACGUCCUCUUAGCUAUAUUUAAUGGCCAGAAACACCUACCUCACAGAGAACACAAGCUGACGCAGCUGCUUAAAGAGUGUAUGGGCUCGCUCACCUGCCACGCCGCUAUGAUCGCUCAUGUAUCGCCACUCGUUUCUAACUACAGCGAGACCUUGACUACCAUACAGCUAGCGUCCAGAAUACAUCGCAUGAGAAGAAAAAGGUUUAAGUUCAUGGGAGCCAACGCAGCCUGUGGCGGUGAGGAAGGAGCCAAGGCCACAGGUAGCAGCGACGUCGAUCCUUCUAGCAGCGAGCAAUCAGCUGAUACUGUGAUAUAUGUAGGGCCUAGCGAAGAGACAGAUGGCGAACACCCUCCGGUCUAUAUACCUAGUUUAAAUUCUGGAGACAAUAGGUGUGCAAUGAAUAAAGCCCUGAGAGGGUCUUUAGUUGAACAGAAAUUGAAGUCUGCCUCUAGAUCUGUUCCUGCCUCGCCGCAAAGAUCUAUACCGGAAGAGAAGGCUUCAAGGAAAAUACCGAAACCCGUCAGCACUAGGUCAUCCCCUGCGCGUAAAGCACCUGAAGAACAAUGGGUCGAUGGGCCUAAGAUCUUAAAGUCAAGGGUGUCCGAGGCUCGUAACAUCCAUCGAGGCCGAGAGAAGCGAGAGACGUGGGUGGACGGUCCUAAAGGAUAUGGCUUCAUGGACACUCACAAGAAGAACAUGAUCAGGCAGUGGGUCGAGAACCAGACUGCCAUCGUCACCAGGCACCACGAGCGACCGAGGCAGGUCACUCAGCCAGAUCGCCCAUCUCCCUCCUUCCCUGUAUCGAAGGUGGUUCCAUUAGAAAAGUUACAGUGCACUGGAGUUGAACCAGAAUAUAUUGAUGAUGAGGAAAUGGAAAUCGAAAUAAUUGAAAUUGAAGAACCAAUGGAACCAGUUCCUAUGCAAGAUUGUUGUUUACAGGUAACAGAGGAAGAUAUUGCCCUUUGCAUGGGAGAACUUGAAAAUCCUCUGCCUGAAGUAGAUCAGAGGGCACAUCCUUUAAGGAUUCUAAGUCAAGAAAAUUUAACUGUAGUUUCUACUUUUGCUGAUUCAAUGUCAGUUGUAAAUGAUUUUGAAAAACUGAUUCCAAGGAACGGGAGCCUCUACAAGGAAAUGAAUGAAUGGCAGCAGAGGAUAGAGAGUCCUGUUGACCUUAUAGCAAGGAAAUGCAAUUAUGAACAGCUGAGCGCCCUCCAAGAUCUUUACCAAAUGCGUAAAGCUGAAAUGAAACCAGUCUCAAGGUGUCAGUCGCUGAUGUUCUCAGAUUUCAUCACCGGACCUCCGAGUGACGUUGAUGUAAACAGCAUAGCCAGCGAGCCUGCCUACCUUCCUGGAGAAAAUGGAAAAUUCUGUGAUAACUGUAAAGGGAACCUUGAGCAAAAUGAUGAAAUGAAGAUGCCAUGGCAGAAGCAAGACAUGACUCGAUUUCAUGGCCUCAGGAAAUUCACAAGUAUAUCUUCAUUAAGACACCCAGACGGUGCAUCGAACCCAAAUCUUAGGGAUAUCUGUUCACGGGAACCUGGCAAUGGCGCAGAGUCCAUGGACAGGAAAGACGAUGAAGAAGAAAUUGCAGUUCCGCCUCCACUUCAGAGUAGCAUGUUCACACUUAACAGGGAUGGGUACGAUAAUACGAAACCUUUGUGCUCCAAUAGUCAAGAGCUGAGGAAUAGUCAUGUUCAGGACUCGGGAAGUAAAGGAGGUCAGUAUUGCAGAGCUGAUGUAGAGAGGCUGGACCGUGGAUGGGACGAGACGCUGAAAAGUAGUCAACGCCUAAGACAUUUCAAGAGGGAUCACAAAUUUGUCAAAGCGGAGCUGACGAGCGCUAGGCACCGCAACCUUUUCUCACCUUUUGAGCGUGGAGGAUUGUUAGAAAAAAGGAAUCAAAUACAAAAUAUUACCAGUACAAGCAAAAAUAAAAGUAUUUUCCAAGCAUUUUAGAUUAUUAUUUGCACUAAUUUUUAAUUAAAUUAAAUGUUUCAUAUCAAAUGUUUUUGUUUUUCCUUUUCUGUUUAUAUACAGUGAGGGAAUAUGUUAACUACUUAUGGCACUAUGAUCUAUAUUUUAAUAUAUUGUAGAUUUAUGUUAUGUAUCUAUAUAAAUUAUGUAUAGUGUCAGUUUAGAAAGAAGAUCAUAAUACUGAGAAAAAAAGAAAAAGAAACAGAUUGAGUAAUAUCAUAACGCAUCCCUAGUUUAAAAAUAAAACUGACCAAGUCAGAUCAGUCAACAGUCAAGUCCCCCACGGGCACCAUGACAUGUAUUAACAGGGAAAAUGUAAUUAUUUUAUCACAAAUUAUUUAUCAACCGGGUUGCCGGGCAAUGCGGCACUGUGCACACACAUUAGCCUGCUCGCCCACCCAGCCCCUUGAUAUGCCACACUUUUUUAGUUUAAAUCCACCUGCCCAUCAUUGCUACUAUACAAGAUUUAGGCAGUAAUGGAUUGAUGCAUUGAGGAUUCUCAGAUGCCCACUACUGCCAAUAAACUACUCUUUAUUUUACAAUCUAUUAAGGAUUGUUUAAUUUAGGGAUCAAUAC